AUGUACUCCAGAAACGCUGAAGGCCGUCAUCGUGAUAUUGAAAGCUUAACUGACAACAUAGGACAAUUGAGUUUCGAUGCUGCUGUGGAUUCUCCCAGAUUCAACUUCGAGCCCAGUACACCUUCAAAGUAUAGAAGCGAUUUCGGCACACCAUCUCCUACAAAAUCUGUUAAUGGGGCAAAUAUAUCUCGAGCAUCGAUGAUGGAUGUAGAUGAGGGAACCCCUAGUGCCGAAGUUGAUUACACUCAAUCACCCAAGAAAUUGCCACUAGAUUUUCAUCGUAAGGCGUCGUCCAGUAAUACCAAAAGGCUGGUAAAUGUGUGCCAAAUGUAUUUUCUCGACUAUUACUGCGACAUGUUUGACUAUGUUAUAAGCAGAAGAGAGCGUACUCGGCAAGUUAUGAAGUACUUAGAACAGCAACGAGUUCGGGGAAUUGCUGGAAACGAACUUACCAAGGAGUGGCAAUCUUAUAUGAGCAAGGAGACAGGGAUCCUGAGAAAUCGUAGAUUAAAGCCCAAGAAUAAAGAUUUCGAAAUGAUUACACAAGUAGGACAGGGGGGCUAUGGCCAAGUUUACUUGGCCAGGAAACGCGAUACCCGUGAAAUAUGUGCAUUAAAGAUUCUGAACAAGAAACUAUUGAUCAAACUCAAUGAGACAAACCACGUUUUGACUGAAAGAGACAUUUUGACCACGACGAGAUCUGAAUGGCUUGUAAAGCUUUUGUACGCAUUCCAAGAUCCCUCUAGUCUGUAUUUGGCCAUGGAAUUUGUUCCUGGGGGAGAUUAUCGGACAUUACUCAUUAACACGAGAUUCUUACAAGCACCUCAUGCCCGGUUCUACAUUAGCGAAAUGUUUUGCGCUGUAGACGCUUUACACCAGCUUGGCUAUACUCACAGAGACUUGAAGCCUGAAAACUUUUUAAUCGAUUCCCGGGGCCAUAUCAAAUUGACGGAUUUUGGUUUAGCUGCCGGAACCGUGUCUAUGGAAAGAAUUGAGAGUAUGAAAAUAAGGUUAGAAGAGGUCAAGACGUUAGAUUUCCCCAAGUUUGAGGAGAAGUCCAUGAAUGAUCGAAGGCAAAUGUACAAGAAGCUUAGGGACGAGGACGUUAACUACGCCUCAUCUACUGUUGGAUCGCCGGAUUACAUGGCUUUGGAAGUAUUAGAAGCAAAAAACUAUGACUUUACGGUAGAUUACUGGUCCCUUGGCUGCAUACUUUUUGAAAGUUUGGUAGGAUACACACCAUUCAGCGGUUCAUCUAGUAAUCAAACAUAUGAGAACUUAAGAUGUUGGAAACAGGUUUUAAAACGACCAAGGUGUGACAAUGGACGGUAUGCGUUUUCGGAUAGGACGUGGGAUCUCAUCACGAGGUUAAUUGCAGACCCAAUCAGUAGGCUGCGGUCUUUUGAACACGUAAAAAAAAUGAAGUACUUUGCCGAGAUCAGCUUUGAUAAUCUCAGGAAUAUUAGUCCUCCUUUCAUUCCUCAACUGGACAAUGAGAUCGAUGCCGGUUACUUCGAUGACUUCAGCAGCGAGGCUGAUAUGGCCAAAUAUGCAGAUGUUUUCAAGCGCCAAGACAAACUCACGGCUAUGAUGGACGAUUCUGCCGUCGUAUCAAAACUCGUGGGGUUCACGUAUAGGCAUAAAAAGGGGAAGAAUGGCUCGAGUGGCGUUAUCUACGGUGGCUCUGAGCAUGCAGAUCCGUUUGCAACGUUCUACUAG